AUGGCGAAGAUGAUUUCAGCCAGGAUGAAGCCACUCAUGGAUGAUAUUGUUUCUGAUACACAAAGUGCAUUCAUACCUGACAGAUUGAUUACAGAUAAUAUUUUGAUUGCUGCAGAGGUUGGACACUUUUUGAAUAGAAAACAAUGUGGAAGAAUGGGAUGGGGUGGUUUAAAGCUGGAUAUGGCAAAAGCGUAUGACCGAAUGGAAUGGCCCUUCCUGCGAAGUAUGUUAACAGCUUUGGGAUUUAAUAAUAUAUGGGUGGAUCUUAUCAUGUUGUGUGUGACUACUGUGUCUUAUAAUAUUAAACUGGAUGGAAUCCGAGGAUCGCCGAUUGUCCCGUCUCGCGGACUCAGGCAAGGAGACCCGUUAUCACCAUAUCUAUUUAUUAUCUGUGCGGAGGGACUCUCUCUGUUAUUACAGCAGGCACAGGAAGCAAAUGCGGUUAAGCAGUGUUUGACACGGUAUGAAAAUUUAUCUGGCCAAGUGGGAUGCAGUGCCCUAUGCUACAGUAAGAAUACACAAGAUGAUGAUAGGGAUGCAGUGGCGCAGAUACUUGGGGUUGCUCAAGCACCAAAUUUUGGGAAAUAUUUGGGCCUCCCCUCAUUCAUUGGAAGGAAUAAGAAGGCAGCUUUUUCGUAUAUUGAAGACAAGAUAAGACAGAGAAUCCUUUCUUGGAAUAAGAAGUUGUUAUCGCAAGCUGCUAUUGAGCGAGUCAUGAACCGAUAUUGGUGGGGUCUGGGAAUGAACGAGGAAUUCAUUGGAAGGCUUGGGACAAGUUGUGCGUGGCGAUUUUUAACGAAACCUGACUCAUUGGUCUCACGAGUUUACAAAGCGAGAUAUUAUCCAAAAGGGACCUUUUAUGAUGCCAAGAUAGGAAAUAACCCCAGUUUCUGUUGGCGCAGUAUAAUGGCAGCUCAGAGCAUGGUUUGUGGUGGAAUCAGGCGCAGAAUUGGAAAUGGAAAAACAACCCUAAUCUGGGAUCACCCAUGGAUGCAGGAUGAAUAUGACCCAAUGAUUCAUACUGAUAAGCCACCAUAUUUAAAUAAUGCAGCAGUAGUGGGAUUAAUUGAUCAUGAGACACACACCUGGGAUCCGGAUAUAUUGACAGAUAUUUUUAAUCCUGCAGAUGUGGCUAGAAUAAAAAAGAUCCCAGUAUCACCAGAUUAUGAGGAUAUGUGGUAUUGGUAUGAUGAUCAGGGAGACACUAACCAAAUUGUUCAGGCAGCUGCAAUUUUAUACCAUAUUUGGAGAGCCAGGAACGGAGCGCGGGUCCACCACACCCAUCACCAAGUGAACCACCAGGCUGCCGUGCAAUGCCAUAUUACCGCCACUGCCGCGGCGCGGCAGCAGCAGCAACACGACACUGCCGGCGCACAGGUAACGCCCGAGGAGGCUGCCCACGAGGUGUUGCGGAUGGAAACUACCGAGCCAGUACGCAAAUGUUACAUCGAUGCCGGUUUUAUGCCUGCUUCAGGAAAGGCUACGGUUGGCGCGAUUUUACUCAACGAGGAAGGGGAAUAUGUAUCGGCUUUCAGUGCACCAUUACCAAAUUGUCUCUCACCGCUUAUGGCUGAGACAAUAGCAUGCAAGGAAGCCUUGUCUUGGCUAUGGAAUCGUGGAGAACGCUCAGUACGCUUACUUACAGAUUGUUUGACCCUACAACAAUAUUUGACAAGUCAAGUUGUCACAAUACGGACUUACGUAGGCUAUGCCAUUGAUGCUUGUAGAGCACGCAUUACUUCUUUUGAUUACUGCUCAGUUAAUUUUAUUCCUAGAUCAGAGAACUAUUUAGCACAUAGAUUAGCAUCUUCUGCAUUUAAUUCUUCUACAGCUAUGUAUUCGAACGAUGUCCCUCCAGACUCUAUUUCUGAGUACUUUUAA